GUUCCUCUGUCACACGCAGGGUCAAUGCACUAGUAAUUAUCAUAUACGACAGUGACACAGUCACUCCGAGAAACUUGCUUGAGGAACGCUGUUCUUUGUCGCCUAGAGCAGUUUUCGACUUCGUCUGUCCUGUAUUUGGACCAAACAGUAAACAUGAGUGGCUUCAUCCCGGUUGUGGACUUUUCGGCGUACAGUCUGGAUAACAAGAACGUGAACGAAGCGGAGCUACAAGCGCUGACGGACGAACUCAUGCACGCCUUCACCACCGUGGGCUUCGUCUACUUAACGAACACCGGAAUCUCAUCUGCCCAGGUGUUUAAUACCUUUGAUGUCGCCGAUAAAUUCUAUCUGCAACCGGAAACGGUGAAGGAGAAAUACUCUCGUCCGUUGGACAAGACGGCAGAGCGCCACGGGUGGAUGGCCCUGGAGAGAGAAAACUUGUCACUGAUUGGACAGGGCCGUCCUAAUGACCUGAAAGAAUGCUUCAACAUCAUGCCCCCGCUUACCGUGGGACAGACGUGGCCGGCAGAAGUCCCGGAGUUUGAGCCCGUGAUGAUGGACUUCUACAACUCCUGCCAUGUGCUCGCCAUGCGUCUGCUCGAGAUCAUAGCCAAGGGGCUGGCUAUCAAGGAUGUCGAUGGUUUCCUGAGAAAGUUCCAGUACAUCGGAAAGGGCGGUAACGGCACUAACCUCCGGUCACUCCGGUACCCUCCCGUCCCGGAAGUCGUCAAACAGAACCAGAUCCGGUGUGGGGAACAUACUGACUUCGGCUGUCUGUCUCUGCUAUUUCAGGACAACCCCGGACUGGAGGUGGUGAAUCUUGAGGGAGAGUAUGUUCCUGCCAAGCCGAUACCGGGUACCACUCUGGUCAACAUUGCUGAUACCUUGCAGAGGUGGUCAGGAGACAAACUCAAGUCAACAAGGCACCGUGUAGUGAUGCCUAAGAGUGCCGAGGAGAGGAGACGUGUCCGCCGGUCCCUGGCCUUCUUCUGUCACUGUGACGGCGACGCCGAUCUGGCGUGUCUGGACGGGUCCGACAAGUACCAACCUCUCCUGGCACGGGAGUACAUCAACGAGAGAAUCGGGGCCUCCUACCUGUCAGGGUAGUUCACCUUGGCAAUAGACAGAUCCUGGAUGUCCAACACAAUUAGAAGUUCAACGGUACAUGCAGCCACUCUUUCAUUGGUCGAACCGCUAAUUGCCAUCGAUCCUCUUAAUGGUUGAAGUUCAACCAAUAAGAGGAUGGCAUUUUGAAUUUUGAUUGGUUGAAGUUCAACCAAUAAGAGGAUGGUAAUUAGCGGUUCGACCAAUGAGAGAGUGGCUGCAUGUCCGUCAAAUAUUUGCAUUUCUAUGUUUUGACGGAGGUGGGCGGGGCUUCAGGAUCGUUUCAUACCCAUUCCAUCUGUGCACAUGACUUCAAUCCAUAACGACCACUUGCGGAUAAUAUAUUAUAUAUAUUCUCCGUCAGUCAGCAUAACUUAAAAGGGGCAUAUUAUGUAGCAUUUUUGUACCCAAAAUUUAAGCAUCUUAUACAGGUGUGAUUGUAAGUUACUUCCAGUUUCAACAUAUUUGUGCACGUACCUGAUCACAUUUCUG